UGUGAAAGCCGCAUAAGAGAUAGCUAAGAUCAGCACCAUAUAGAUACAGAGCUGCCAAGUCUCACCCUUUGAGAGUGAGAGUCACGCAAUUUAACCUCUUCACACGCCUCACGCCACACUUGCCAUUUCACACGCUUUUUCCCCCCUCUCACUACUUUAUAAUUAUUUUUUUAUUUAAUGAUAUAUUUCCAUAACUUGUUGCUUGAGGUUUGCCGUAGUUCGAGUCAGGGAUAGGGUGAGCCCGCCCUAUUCUGCCCCGAUUGGCUGACCGAGAAAGGCACCACGUAUACAAACCAAUCAGAGGCAGCUUAGGGCGGGUCAUUGCGUCUGGUCUCUAUCCUAUGAAGAACCCAUUUUCAUCUGAAGCGGGAGGUCAAACGGUAGGUAAUCACUUCAUUUUAAUUUUACAAACACAUAAUAUUUUUAUUUGUAUUAAGUCAACGGUGGGUCUGACUACGUGAGCGUUACACAAGCAGCUGGUGAGCAGUGUGGCAGGUUGCUGCGGUGGGUUUAAUAACAAACAACCGUGACUUAUAGCCGUGUUAGUUAACAUUUAAAUCAUCACGCGUGUGUGAGCUAAUGGAUGCUUGCUAUGAGCUAAGGGAAUUUACAGUACUGUACCUGUGUUGUUUGCAUUUCUGUCUAAUAAAAUAUUCAAUCAAUCAAACAGUAACAUGUAGCUAUCUUUUAAGACUGGAUCAUUCAUUCCUUAACUGUACUUCGAUUUCUGUCUGAUGUUUGUCUGUUAGUUUGAAAGUCUGAAAGAUGUCAGAUAAGAAGAAGAAGAAGCAGCAGAGAGAUCUGCUGUCAUUCUGGGCAAUGGAGGGUCAACCACCCCCUGCCAAACUUGCCAGGUCAGAGGAAACAGUGGAGGAGGCUUUGGAACUCUCAGUGAAUGACAGAGCGGAGGGAAAUGAGUGUCCAGAGGGCACAGAGAAUGAGACUGCAGAGGAGACAGAAGAUGAUGAUGUAGAAGAGAUUAAGGCUCCAGAAGACACAGAGGAUGAGACAGAAGAGCCAGCAGAGGAAACGGUGGAGAUGAGAGUAGAAACAGGGAAAAAGCAGAGUGCUAAAAGUGGAGCAGCCACCUACAGGUGCACUUUUAAAAGGGAGUGGACAGCAGAAUGGCCAUUCAUCACUAUAGGCACCACCGCCUCCUACUAUUGGUGCUCUAUAUGCAGACAUGAGAACAGCUGUGCCCAUCAAGGAAAGGCAGAUGUCAUCAGGCAUAUGAAAAGCAAAGGACAUCGUGCCAAAGAACAGGCAAUACAGUCAACAACCACGAUUGCACCUUAUUAUGCCCCAGUCUCUGUUGGUGGCAUGACAGCACAAGAGGCCAAGACAAGGAGAGCUGAGGUAAAGGUGGCAGUGUCAAUGGUCGAACACAAUGUGCCGUUUGCAGUAGCAGAUCACUUCAGCCCAUUGCUAAAAGAAUGCUUCAAAGAUUCCCCUAUUGCACAGAACUACAAGUGCGCCCGCACAAAAACAUCGUGCAUAAUAAAUGAAGCAGUGGCCCCACAUUUUAGAAACGAACUGGUCAUGAAGAUGAGGACCAAUCCUUUCACAUUAAUCACAGAUGGAUCAAAUGAUACAGGAAGAGAGAAGAUGAACCCACUCACUGUGCGGGUAUAUGACAGUUCCACCAGUAAAGUUGUCCACAGGUUUCUGGAUAUGUGCCCCACCAGCGGGCCAAGCUGCGGCACAGCUGAAGUGAUAUACCAGAAGAUGGACGAGGCCUUGCAAAAAAACGCCAUACCAUGGAGAAACUGUGUGAGUCUGUCUGUUGAUAAUGCACCUGUCAAUACAGGAGCAAGAAAUUACAUCGCAUCCAGAAUUCUUAAAGAACAUGGCAGCAUCUACAUCCAUGGGUGCCCCUGUCACGUCAUCCACAACACUGCCAAACAGGCUGGCCUGGGCUUUUUGGAGAAGGGACAAGGAGAAGCAGCCUGUCGCCUCCUCAGCUGCAUCAGCAGCCGCCACCCUUCCCCAGCUGUCUCCCCCUCCACUACAUCUCAUCCCCCCAAACAGCGGAGGAAGAGAAGCAAGCGGUCCUGUCUUCCUCCAGAAGACGAGGACGACCACCUGAUGGUGGAGGCUGCGGCUUCAGGUGGAGGCUGA